GAUUGAGUCGAUAUGUCAGUACUGUACUGCAUGAGCUUCCUAAAGUUGGGUAAGAAUUAGUUUAGGAGCAAUUUUAUAUCUAUUUUUAAAGUGUCAAAACGGACUUCACUCUCAGUAAACUUUCACUACAAUGACUACCCCUCAUUACAGACCCCAAAAGAGAUUAUUCGUCAUAAUUAGACUAUUUUUCUUGUUUCCAUAUUUAUUAUUUUUUAAUUAUUGUUAAGCCUGCAUGAUACCUGAAUAUUGUAGUGCAUUACACCCUGUUAAGCACGCAGUUAAUACUAUACAAAUAGGCUACUGAAGAAUUGUUUUUAACCCGAUUAUUUCCCCUGUUAUUUUUAUUGCUGGAAUGAAGAUUGCAGCAUUUUAACUUUUUUCUAACUUCUAGUUUGUAUCUGUGUGGUGAUUACACAUUUUUGAGUAUUUUUACUCAAGUGUAUUGACGCAAUAAAAUGAAUAAGCAUGCAGAAAUUUGAAUUUCUACACAGGUUAAUGCUGAUACAGCCGUCAAAUAGAAGAUAAAGGUCAAAACAAUGAAACUUUUUAAUCUCUAAUAUGAAAAUGUUUCAGCAUUUGGCACCCACAGAUAACGCCAUGUAUAUUUGCUGUUUUCUGAACUCUUUCUCCUCUGCACUUUUACGGCCUAUGGUUAAUGGAGGGUUUGACCGACCAGACUCUAAUUAUAUUCAAGUGGAGGGGGUCCCUCGUGCAGAUUAAAGCACGUGACUACAGACGCGUGAAUCGUGAGAAAAGAAGACUAGAGCCCUAGAAACCCAUCUUAUAUUUUUGUGAACGAAAUGUAUGCAAAUUAAACUAUGUUAAUAAAACGUUUCUCUUACAGAGCUACUUGAAAAUCAAGUAAAGCUCAUUUUACAGCAAAUACUUUAAUUUCAUAUUUUAAGUCAAGGCAGUCUGGUUAUAGCUUACAGAAAUCAACUUGUAACAGAUAAGCAGAGAUGAGUAAAACUUUUUCUUAAACUUCGAGCUAUAAAAUUCUGUAAGCAGAUUUAGUACAUCCUGGAUACUCAAAGGCCACGAUUGUUCCCUACUGUCUUUCAUUGCCAUCUUACAAAACAAGGGCUAUUAUUUGUCUUUUCCUGUAUGGCAAAUCAUUCAUCUGCAGGAUCAGUGUGAUCCUUUCAAACCGCUCUCCAUAGCAACGUCGUGCAUCCCAGGAAAAAUUCACCUCGCUCCACACAAGGCCAUAUUCUUUGCGAAGGAAAAAAGAAGCAUCUGGACGCUUUUUGAACCACUUUCUUUCGCUGGCAAACUAAGCGAAGAGUUUGACUGUGCUGCUACUGUGACGCAGCUCUCUGGGCAUAAAUGACCGCUCUUUUUAUAGACUUCCAAAUGAGAGAAACUGUACAGUGAAGCAUCCUCAUUAACUGCGGCUCUUUAGGGGCAGAAACGGCCAUCGAAUUGCAUUCGGGUAUAGGCUACAGCACGCUUUAGAUAAAAAUCCUGUCAAUUGCUUGUCUAUAACUUCGUGUGGGUCACAUAUUAAUUUUCGCCCCAAGUCACACAAAAUAUCUUGGAUUUGUAAUCAUAGCGUGGACGCAGAAACGCCUUGUUUUUCAUUAUAAAGAAACAAUGGUUUAAAAAGUACAGUUGUUUAUAAAUUACAUUCAGACAGUAUAUUCAAAAGUAAAGAAAGAGAAUAGUCUGAUAUAAACGUUUAAAAGCCACUGGAGAGUUUAGAAGAUGUAAAGUUAAAUCAUUCUUAUCAAAAACACAUAUUAGUUUAAAUGUUUUACUUAAGUUAUAAAAAUGAAAAAACUUUGUUCUUAAGAACAUAUAAAGGCUACAAUAGAUAGGCAAUUUCUUUAUAUUACAAUACAGGUGUAAACCACCUGAGAAAAUCGUAUAUAAAAGUAACCGGCAUGUUGUUUAAUUUGGUAUAAAAUCCACUUUAAAUUCAGAUGUACUUUAAAAUAAUGCUGAAAUACACCUUCUGCGAGUGUUAUUGCAUAUGUGAUAAAUAAAUAAAUGGUGGCUUUACAUAACCACGCCUUUGACAGAGUGGUGACGAGCACUUGUGACCCUAAGAACAUCAUUUAGGUUACACUUUCAUGAACGCGCGAAGCUCGUGCAGAUGGACAGAUAGGAAAAGCAGUGUGCAAACUUACCACAGAGAAGCGUUUUGGUUUGACGCCUGAAAUCUCCGCCUGUAACGGCACAUUUCCUCGCAAAAGCCUGUGGAAACACCCCAUAAGAGCAAGACAAACACACAAACACGAACGUGAACUAAAAAAAUACAGUGAGGUAAAUAAUUUAAAUAGAAGUGAUACCAAAAAAAAUCUUCUAAAAAAGCUGUGGUUUUAGAUGGAGUCGAACGUGUGCCUGAUUGCGGAGUUUUAGACGACUGGAACAGGAGAGAUGUAAGAUUUGUUUAAAGCCCCACAUUUCCAUUUAAGAACGUGAUUGUGUUUGCAAAGAUCCCUUUCAAUCUUCGCAUCUCCCCCUCUCUACCCCUCAGCGUCUCCGAGGCUGCUUUGCAAUUCAUAGAAUUGGUAAUUUGCUAUUGGGACAAAACGUGAAGGGAAAAAUAAUCAGAUCAGCCGGGAAAGGAAUACGGAGGAGGCCAGAAGGGAGAAACACUGGAUUUCUCUCUAAGUUACUGUUUAGAAAAAUGCUUCGAGAGAAGAUAUUGUCAACACACCGCAGCUUUAUGUGCACUUUGUAUGUUUGUAAAAAUCUGUUGGCUUAAAUAGGAGUUAUUUAAGUCAAAAAAAUGAAAUUUACUGAUUUGUAAAUGGGAUUUUUUUUUUCACUGAAAUUUACAUUAAACAUUUCAAAUGCGUAUAGCCUAUAAGUUAAAUUAGCCUAAAUAAAAUUAAAUGGAUAGUCUAGUCUAGUAGUCUAGUCUGUUUAUUUACAGGAUUUAUUUACAGGGUCGGCGGUGGAUUGUUUAUGCAUUUAUGCAUAAUGAUGGAGAUUGUCUGAUAUGUUACAGUGUGGGCGGUCUGUAUUUCUGUAUGAUGUUUUAUUAAUUCGAUGCAUGGCUCCGUGACUUGAAUAAUCAUAAAUAAUCGUGCAUGUGGGUAACACUUAAAUGAUAUUGCUAUAUAAACAUCUUUUAAUGUAUCAUACUGAUUUUCAUCUUUCUCGUGGGUGGCUCCUGAGAUACUUUAGAAUACUAAUCUACUUGCAAAGAGGAGCGGUACAGUUACUAAAAGAGGCAAUGCAAGGCGGGUCAUUCUUCCACCCCACCAAAAAGAGUACCACACUCCCCCACGUGGUUAUUUGCAAAACAACCCUCAAAGGCCAGUAAUUUCCUACGGUUUUGCUGCUCACGCUCUCUUGACUAGUGGGGAGAGGAGAAGAAAAGGAAAAAAGAGAAAGCGUCUAGUGAAAGCGGCCAAUUGCGAGUAACUGGGAUCACGGCGCCCGGCAGCCAACCAAGCGGCCCGCGAGAGGUAAUAAGGAAACCUGGUGGGCUGUAGUCGGCGAGGAACCAAUGCACGCGCAGGGGAGGCGUGUCUUAGCUCUUCCCUAAGACCUCCCAGAGCAGGUUGUUGCGUUUUGGGCUCUAAAGCUCAAAGAUCUCCGAAGUGCUUGUCAGUUUUCUAAGUCGGAGCCAUGGCGACAACAGCUCAGUAUAUUCCGCGGAAUAACUCAUUGCCUUCGAACCCGCUAAUGCAUCCGGAUUCGGACAGGAUGCACCAGGGGACGACCUACAGAGAGGUGCAGAAAAUGAUGCACCACGAGUACUUACAAGGGCUAGCGACCAACACGGGACAUCCGAUGAGCCUAACGCACCACCAGUGGCUGCCAACCUCCAACACCGACUGGACCAGCGGCACCCACAUCGGGCAAGCGGAGCACAACAAAGCCAGCGUGCAGAGCAGAGAAGACCUGGGGAACGGCUAUCACAGAUCGCAUCUGGUCCACCAGCCGACGCAAAACAGCCACCACGGAUCAUGGGCGCCGACCACAACGCACCACUUAUCCCCGCUCUCUCCCGCCUCCAACGGUCACCAGUCGCUGGUCUACUCGCAGACAGGCUACACUAUGUUAAGCCCCCAGCCGUCGCUGCACCACGGCUUGCGGGACCCGCUCCACGAUGACGCGGGUAGCCAUGACAACCAGAUGGAGUCGCCUCAGCAGCCGUUCAGCCACCACCAGGACCACUCGGACGAAGACGCCCCCAGCUCCGACGACCUGGAGCAGUUCGCCAAACAGUUCAAGCAGAGGCGCAUCAAACUUGGUUUUACGCAGGCGGACGUGGGCUUGGCGCUGGGCACGCUCUACGGAAACGUCUUUUCCCAGACCACCAUCUGUAGAUUUGAGGCUCUGCAACUGAGUUUCAAGAACAUGUGCAAACUUAAACCUCUGCUUAACAAAUGGCUCGAGGAGACAGAUUCAAACACUGGCAGCCCCACGAAUUUGGACAAGAUUGCAGCACAGGGCCGGAAACGAAAGAAGAGGACCUCCAUCGAAGUCGGAGUGAAAGGGGCACUGGAAAACCAUUUCUUAAAGUGCCCCAAGCCCUCCGCCCACGAAAUCACCACUUUAGCUGGCACUCUGCAGUUGGAAAAAGAGGUUGUGCGUGUGUGGUUUUGCAACAGAAGACAGAAAGAGAAAAGAAUGACACCGGUGGGGGUCCCUCAUCCGACCAUGGAGGACGUAUACUCACAAGCGGAGACACCCCCUCUCCACCACACACUACAGAGUCCUGUCCAGUGACUGCUAUCAUAAACAGUGUCCUUGUUUGAAAAGAAACUACAAUGGAUUUUGUUUAUCCCCUUUGUUUGUCCCAAGAGAUCAGAGACAGAAAGUUUGGGAAGAGUUCGCUGACAGUGACCGGACAGCUUACGGGGCGCCACUAAUUCUGAAUAACGUGAAAAUGCAUUAAGUACCGCGCCAGCUUCGCGUGCAUUUAUCAAAUCAGUACCAGUGUUUACGAAAAUUGUAUCGUUUGUGCCACUCUGGAAAAAUUCGAUUCUUUCACCGCCGAUAAAAGGGAGCUACGAGCCACAAAAAGGGGCAAUGUCUCCUUGGACAAAGGAGAAUGGACAGUGAUUUUCUUAAAGCGAUUAACCAGAUUAAUUAUUACAAUGAUUAUCUGUAUUAUUUGUGUUGUUUACUUUAUUUCGAAUGUUUUAACGCUACGAUCUUUUCUUUUUCCUGUCUAGCGAGUAUUUUACUAUCAUUUCAACUAAGACAGAUGAAAUUCGUGAUGGAAAGAACAGGCACUUGGUCAAAACCUUCAAUACAAACAAGUGCACCAGGAACUGUUUACAAUGAUCAUUUCUAAGCACCUGAUACCGUCUAAAGAUGCAGAGACGUUAAAAUGGCAACAUGAAUACACUGUCUGAAACAAUAUUUAGUCAUUUUGAGUUCUACUGCUCUCAUUUUUUUCCUCUUUGCAUGAGGCACUUAUAAUGUUAUUUUUAUUUUUUUUCAUGUUUGUUUGUUUUGUUUGUUUUUUGUUUGUUUUUUACAAUGUAUUUGUUCGAGGUAUACGACAUUAAUGCUUUACUUGUUUACAAUUUUCUUUCCCAAUUUCGCGUUAUUUUGAACCGGCACUAUUUCCUAAGUCUGCUCCAGCUAAACAUAUUGAGAGUGAUGAGUCAAAAUGAAAAAGAAAGAAAUAUCUCAGGUAAUUUUCAGUGCCCAAAAAUCGUGCUGUACUCUUGGUUCUUCUUGAAUAUUGGCCAACUCUUGACACUCUCUAUGUCAGCUGUGCCCGUUUAGUUUAUGUUUCUUACAUUUUACAUCCUAUUCAUGAGCCUGGACACGGAGAAAAGUAGUUGUUUUAGUGAAUAAGGGAUGUGUUUUCGGGACUUCUUUUUAGGAUUUGGGUAAAAAAAAAAAAAAAAAAAAAUAGGAGGCUGGUAACGUUUCGUGUCGUUUCUCAAGGUCUGGCAUUUUUCAUUGGACAGCAGGUGUUCAUUUUGUUAUUUGAACAGUGUGAAUAUACAACCUUUUCCAAAAAAGUAAUAAAAAUAAAAAUAAAUUACGAGAGAAAAGAUUUUAAAUAAAUAGUUGUCAGGAUUAUUUCCAAUAUGUAAAUAUGUCGAAUAUGUAAACAUAUGUAUUUGUUCUGGGUUCGUUUUGUUUUGUUUUGUUUUCCGGGCAGUUUUGUACACUUACUAAUUCCAAGAAGAUAUUUUAAUAUUUCAUUUAUGACCAUUUAUAUAUCUAUAUAUUUAUUUCCUAAGUGUGUUUGGAGAUUUUUUUGUUCGGCUCUGUUUAUUAUGUUGCAGUGGAUUACAAAUGUUUUGUUUACUACAUUGGUUGUAUGUUGAUUGCGAAAUGUAGACUGCAAAGUCACGUUUAUAUUUAUGUUAUAGUAAUAUUUUAUUACUUACAUAAAACAUAUAUACAAGAA